AACGCGGUCUUCAACCAUAUUGUGCUGCGGCUCGUCGACUUUGGCGUCUCGGUCGUUGACGACGGCCAUCCGCUCCUGACCACAGACAUGGCGGGCGGUCUCUUGACGGAGGUCCCGUACGAGUACGAAGACGUGUUCGAGCUCGCGACCAAGACCAACGUCGAGGUUCCGACGUUGACGCAGAUGAAGAAGCUGCUGCUGGCGGCCGCCGAGACCAAAAAAACGGGCCGGAUCAGCGCGGCGGCGCUGCACGCAGCCAUUCAACCCAGCGCCGAGAGUCGAAAGCACUCGCGCACGUUUGUGCUCAAGGUCCUCGUCACGAUCCUCAUGACUAUUUGGUUGAUCCACUCGCUCAUGUAAAACCAACACAAAUCCAAUAUCAUCGUUGAGC